AAGCUGCACAGUGGACACAAGUUUCGCUGGUCUGACUAUCGAUGUAGUUCGAUAUCUUCUCUACGAACAUGGCAGGGAACUUAGGUUUGUGAUAACUUAAGAAGCAAACGAAAAUAGCUUUUAUGAGGACUAAAUUAGCCUUUGAACAAGUUUAAACAGUUACCCAAUCAAGGAUAUUUGACGAACUUUCCACCAGGAACACUUGGAAGAUUCUCAAUACGACGUGCUCAGAGUCACUGAAGUGCCUGCCCUGCACCUGUCAUUCCUAGACCGUACCAGUGUAAAUCAGAACCCUACUUUGGUUCAGCUCUUACCUGCAAGUCUCAGGUCUUUCCAAAGAGCAUGUUGCCAAUGCCGUCUCUCUGCUCCAUUGUCUGGUUACACCGAGGGAUCAAGCUAAAGAAAGUGCUUUAUUUCUCAAACACAGGCCAGGUCUGAGUUUCAACCAUUCACACCAACAGUUCAGUCAUGCUUCUUAGUUUUAGUUGAAAAUUCCUGAAUAGUGUUGCCAUCACAAUUAACAUCCUCAACACUCUGGCACUUCACUGCCCUGGUCAGUGUGUAUCAUAGUUGGAAAUCUUUGCACAUGGCUGUAGAGGGCUUCCAAUUCAUAGCAAUUUAUGUCUAUAACAAAGACUGGGACGAGGACCUUGACCUCCAGCCAGGGGACAUACUGACCGUCAGCAAGACGUCACUGACAUCUCUUGGGCUCAAGGAUGGGGACGAGGAGCACCCGGAUUGCCUGGGAUGGAUGGUGGGAGUCAACAAGCGCACUAAGCAGAGGGGAGACUUCCCUGGGACGUAUGUCCAGUAUGUGGGGCCUGUGAAGAUUUAUGUGGUGCCCAACCAGCCUCUGCAGCAGAGACCCCUCCCAGCAGCCCCCAGGCCUCAGCCUCCCCCAGCACAUCAAGGGACUUCAGCUCAAGAGUUUGUCCAGCCUUUUCCACCCCCAGAAAAUGCCCUCCCCACUUUGGUGAAGUUGAUAGAGGCCAUUGAGAAAAAAGGUUUGGAGUGCGAGACGCUGUACAGGAAGUCUGGCUCCUUGGCUGCUGGCGGUCAUAGACAGAGCCUGAUUUUUGAGCUCUCGGAGCCUGAGAUGGGCCAGAACGACGUCCAGGCGCUCUCAGAGGCCCUGAUGGGAUUCUUGCUGGACUUGCCCUCCCCCAUCAUCCCAGAGUGUGUCUAUCCCAGCCUGAAGAUUGCCCUGCAAGAGGAAGCAGAGCUGUCUGUCGAGGAGACAGGCAAGCGUUUACUGAAGGCACUGGAGCCCCCGGCCGUGCCCCUGCCAGGCCUGCUCACCCUGCAGUACCUGCUCAGACACUUGGACCGAGUGGGCCAGAGCUCGCCCCACAAUGGCCUGGACCCUCACACCCUCGCACUCCUCUUCAGCCCUCUGCUGCUCCCCACUGGGUCAGAAGAAGAUUGUCAGGUUUCUGCCCAGGUGCUGGAGAGACUGCUGGUGGUGAGGGCCUGGGAGCUGAAAGAAAUGCCACCAGCCCUACCUCCCAAACCUUCCAAAACCAAAGCCAUGGCAUCCUCUGUGAUCAAUGGAGACGGCAGCAAGAUGGCCGAUGCAGAGUGGUACUGGGGAGACAUUUCCAGAGAGGAGGUGAAUGAGAAGAUGAGAGACAUGCCGGAUGGGACUUUCUUGGUCCGAGACGCCUCAAGCAAGGUGCAAGGAGAAUACACAUUGACUCUCAGAAAAGGAGGAAACAACAAGCUGAUCAAGAUCUUCCACCGAGGCGGCAGGUACGGCUUCUCUGAGCCGCUGACGUUUUCCUCUGUGGUGGAGCUCAUCCUGCAUUAUCACCAGGAGUCACUGGCCCAGUACAACCCCAAGCUGGACUCGCGGCUACUGUACCCCAUCUCCAAAUAUCAGCAGGACCAGGUGGUGAAAGAGGACAGCGUGGAAGCAGUAGGAGAGCAACUGAAGCUGUACCAUGAACAGUACCAGGAGAAGAGCCGGGAAUAUGACGUCUUGUAUGAAGAGUACACUCGCACCUCUCAGGAGUUACAGAUGAAGCACACGGCCAUCGAGGCCUUCACAGAGACCAUCAAUAUCUUUGAGGAGCAGUGCGAGACCCAAGAGCGCUACAGCAAAGAGUACAUUGACAAGUUCCACAGGGAGGGCAACAGCCAAGAGAUUGAGAGAAUCCAAAGUAAUUCAGAUAAGCUGAAGUCUCGUGUGACUGAGAUCCAUGACAGCAAGCGGAAGCUGGAGCAGGACCUGAAGGAGCAGGCGACCGACAACCGAGAGAUCGACAAGAAGAUGAACAGUCUGAAACCAGACCUCAUGCAGCUGAGGAAGAUCAGAGACCAGUACCUGGUGUGGCUCAAUCAGAAGGGCACCAGACAGAAGAAGAUUAACGAGUGGCUUGGGAUAAAGAACGACGUGGAAGACCUAUAUUCUCUGGUGGAUGAGAUGGAUGACCUGCCACACCAUGACGAGCGCACCUGGUACGUGGGCGACAUCAAGCGAGGCCAGGCCGAAGACCUGCUAAGGGGCAGGGGUGACGGCACCUUCCUGAUCCGAGACAGCCAGUCCCAGAAGGGCUCAUAUGCCUGCUCUGUAGUCGUGGACGGGGACGUCAAGCACUGUGUGAUAUUCAAGACCUCCACGGGCUACGGUUUCGCCGAGCCUUACAACCUGUACAGCUCCCUGAGAGAGCUGAUUCUCCACUACAGACACACUUCCCUGGUCCAGCACAACGACUCGCUGAAUGUAACUCUGGCAAUUCCUGUCCUAACCCAGCAGCAACCCAGAUGAGACACACACAGAACUGAGACCACACACCCUCACUUUUCCCAACAAAAAAGCAAACAACUUUCUGAGCGUUGGGUUUGAUAGGAGUGGAAGUGGCAGAUAUAAUGACUGUUUUGACUUUGAAGAGACCCUGUAAAUGUUAUAUUUUUGUUAAAUCUUUACAACACUACACAGUUUUAGGAUAAAAAUAUGUUGACUAUUUUAAAGUAACUGCUGUAUCAUUUUCCCUUUCAAUGGAGGGAGUUACUUUUUAAAUCGACUUGUUAAGGGUGCCAUUUUGGGGGGGUAGUAACUUUUUUCAACAGUUAAAGAGGCGUAAGGGUUGGACAUGGAGAACAAAAAUACCUAAUAGACUUUCUGUUUUCAUCAAGUGUUGCUGACAUGGAGAACAAAAAUACCUAACAGACUUUCUGUUUUCAUCAAGUGUUGCUGACAUGGAGAACAAAAAUACCUAACAGACUUUCUGUUUUCAUCAAGUGUUGCUGACAUGGAGAACAAAAAUACCUAACAGACUUUCUGUUUUCAUCAAGUGUUGCUGACAUGGCUGGAUGAUUGGGAGAUGUGGUAAAAGGCUUAACUUGUAGUGUUUUGUUGCAAGUUCAUAUUAAUACACAUUUUCUCCCACAGCGCUAUGGGACGCAUACAAAGAAAGCAUUCUCCUUUCUGUGGACUCAUUGCUAUGUGCCCUGUCACAUAAAGCAGAACAUGUCUAGAAGACUAAAUUCACCAAUGUGUUAAUCAAAAAGAUUAAUUUGUCUUUUUCUGAAAGCUUUUUUUUUGUUGCAAUCUAUGUAAGACUGUUUAAAAUAGUUUGAGGUUGAUGAUAUUAGAUGCUGGCAUGGCCCCUGGUGUAGCUUGAGGACACUGAUUGCUGUGACAGACAGUGACAUGUAAUGUGAACUGGAGUUGCAGUCCUUGAUGGUGGAACACUUGGUGGUGAAAGUGCCUUCUCUUCUAAUCCUCGGUCUUCCAUUCUCAUUCUGUUGAUCAGAGUCAGUGUGGAUGCCUUGCCCCAAUCAGAUGCCAAGUGUUUUGUACAGCACUGUGUAUGAAACUAGAAAUCUGAAAUAGACCUGGCUAUUGGAGCAGGGAUGGGUAACUCCCUCAGACUUUUACCUGGGACUACUGCCACUGACUGCUCAGAGUGCACACAUCUGGUUUCCCAGGUUAGGGUCAGGGCUCAGUGCACACAUCUGGUUUCCCAGGUUAGGGUCAGGGCUCAGUGCACACAUCUGGUUUCCCAGGUUAGGGUCAGGGCUCAGAGUGCACACAUCUGGUUUCCCAGGUUAGGGUCAGGGCUCAGUGCACACAUCUGGUUUCCCAGGUUAGGGUCAGGGCUCAGAGUGCACACAUCUGGUUUCCCAGGUUAGGGUCAGGGCUCAGAGUGCACACAUCUGGUUUCCCAGGUUAGGGUCAGGGCUCAGAGUGCACACAUCUGGUUUCCCAGGUUAGGGUCAGGGCUCAGAGUGCACACAUCUGGUUUCCCAGGUUAGGGUCAGGGCUCAGUGCACACAUCUGGUUUCCCAGGUUAGGGUCAGGGCUCAGAGUGCACACAUCUGGUUUCCCAGGUUAGGGUCAGGGCUCAGAGUGCACACAUCUGGUUUCCCAGGUUAGGGUCAGGGCUCAGAGUGCACACAUCUGGUUUCCCAGGUUAGGGUCAGGGCUCAGUGCACACAUCUGGUUUCCCAGGUUAGGGUCAGGGCUCAGAGUGCACACAUCUGGUUUCCCAGGUUAGGGUCAGGGCUCAGAGUGCACACAUCUGGUUUCCCAGGUUAGGGUCAGGGCUCAGUGCACACAUCUGGUUUCCCAGGUUAGGGUCAGGGCUCAGUGCACACAUUUGGUUUCCCAGGUCUCAAUCAGUUGCUGACUUAAAGGAAUGAAUGAAAGCCAGCAGACACUCUUGAGGACUGAAGUUGCCCACCCCUGCAUUACUGUGUGUAUGAUGGCGGUGUUGGAUUUGUGCAUAGUGUAAAUGGAUUUCCAUUCAUAUUUUAUAGUUGUGGAUAGAUGGUAGAUCUUAUGGGGGUUGUGUACCAGAUAUAAGAAGCAUGGUCUUUUCACUACAUUUUGACAUUGGGUAUGUGUAUGCAUCACAUUGGGUAUGCAGUAUGCAUCACAUUGGGUAUGCAGUAUGCAUCACAUUGGGUGUGCAGUAUUUGAUCUUUAUUUAACGAGGCAAGUCAGUUAAGAACAAAUUCUUAUUUUCAAUGACGGCCUAGGAACAGUGGGUUAACUGCCUGUUCAGGGGCAGAGCGACAGAUUUGUACCUUGUCAGCUCUGGGGUUUGAACUUGCGACCUUCCGGUUACUAGUCCAACGCUCUAACCACUAGGCUACCCUGCCGCAUCACAUUGGGUAUGCAUUAUGCAUCACAUUGGGUAUGCAUUAUGCAUCACAUUGGGUAUGCAAUAUGCAUCACAUUGGAUAUGCAGUAUGCAUCACAUUGGAUAUGCAGUAUGCAUCACAUUGGGUAUGCGUAUGCAUCACAUUGGGUAUGCAGUAUGCAUCACAUUGGGUAUGCAGUAUGCAUCACAUUGGGUAUGCAGUAUGCAUCACAUUGGGUAUGCAGUAUGCAUCACAUUGGGUAUGCAGUAUGCAUCACAUUGGGUAUGCAGUAUGCAUCACAUUGGGUAUGCAGUAUGCAUUACAUUGGAUAUGCAGUAUGCAUCACAUUGGGUAUGCAGUAUGCAUUACAUUGGAUAUGCAGUAUGCAUCACAUUGGAUAUGCAGUAUGCAUCACAUUGGAUAUGCAGUAUGCAUCACAUUGGAUAUGCAGUAUGCAUCACAUUGGAUAUGCAGUAUGCAUCACAUUGGAUAUGCAGUAUGCAUCACAUUGGGUAUGCAUCACAUCGGGUAUGCAGUAUGCAGUCUCUCAUUAAGGUAAUAGUAGCCUAAUUCCACAAUUGACUUAAUCGGACUUUACCUGCCACACUUUGUGAAUGAGCUUCUUUCCCAGGAAACAAGUUGUACUGUAAUGCUAACAUAUACACCAGAUAUUCUAGGUAGACUUGAAACACUACUUUGACAAACUGAUUAGUACUAUGCAGCGAGUUAGACAUACAACUUCACAAUGCCUCAUCAACAUUGAUUUUGAUUCAAGUAAAAUCACUGAAUGAGUGAUAACCUUUACACUUGUCAUGUAUUAAUCAGACGUUGGUGCAUUUUAUUGCUCACUUUUAGGAGUGGUUAGAUUGCCGUUCAUGUUGGGAUUGGUGUAAAUCAACCUUUUAUAGCUGACAACAAUGUUGAUGUUAAUCUGGUUAACCUGUUCUUAUGUUUGUCUGGUAGUUGGGUGAAAAGUGUCUCCUUGGAGAGCGAUGACAAUAAUAGUCUGGACUAUUUACUGAACAUAGCUUUCAGCCAGAGUCCUGCUCAGUUCGACUGUCCUUCAGGUCAACGGAUCUUUGAAAACUGGGACUAUCUAGUUGAUUUGUUUUGGCAAGAGAGAGUGCUGUAUAAAAAAGAGUGUAAAAAAUAUGUUUCUGGUUUGUUUUCAAAUUGCACACGGUGGCUCUGCAUGCAGUAUAAGACUACGUAUGCCCUCCACUGACAUGACCACAGCCAGGUUAAGUCUAGCUAAAGAUUGUAUACCAGAUAAUGUGAUCUAACCAAAGAGUGUUGGCGUCCAUUACUGAGUGUUACUCAAAAGAACCACACAAACCGCCGCCAUAGAUUUUUCAACUAACCUGUUCUUAGGGAUUACUUUCUUCAUUCUCGAUUCGUUUAAAAAAGUAUCUUAGUCUGUUUCCAGUUGCAGUUGGUUCUACAAAAACAAUAAAUUCAGAAAGAUAUCGAUGUUUAAGUGAGAUAUGCCUCGUGGUGUGCUUAGACCUUUGUUUGUCACCUACUUAUACGUGUGGCCGUAGAAGUAGAAUCUACUAGUUCCUGCAAUAAUGCUGGGAAUGCUAGAUCUGGGGCAGCUAAGAUGUCGAGAUACCUCCUCAUGCCGUACAAUACUUGGAUGUAAUAUUUUUGAGUUUUUGCUGUUUUUUGUAGAACCACCUGUAACUGGAAACUGACAUUUUUCAGAUACUUACGUUAUUCUUGAUUCUGUGAAAAAAGUAUUGCCAAUAACAGGUUAGUUGAAAAAUCUAUGGCGGCGGUUUGUAUGGGGCCUUUCUCUAACGCCCAGUAAUGGACACCAACAUUCUUUGGUUAUAUCACAUUCUCUGGCAUACAAUCUGUAGCUAGGUCUAGACAGUCUGUUCUCAGUGACAUUGUUUCCCCUGGCCUUUUCUGUGGACUUGGGCUCCCGAGUGGCUCAGCGGUCUAAGGCACUGCAUCUCCGUGCCAGAGGCAUCACUACAGACCCUGGUUCGAUUCCAGGCUGUAUCACAACCGGCCGUGAUUGGGAGUCCCAUAGGGCGGCCGACAAUUGGCCCAGCGUCGUCUGGGGUAGGGUUUGGCCGGGGUAGGCAGUCACUGUAAAUAAGAAUUUGUUCUCAACUGACUUGCCUAGUUAAAUAAAAUAAAAUAAAUUAUAUUGGAGGUCGACAAAAGCUGUGCUUGAUUUCUGUCUCAGACCGCUAUGACGGUGCAACGUAAAACGACACAUUUCCUCAGCUUGUGAGAAAGCCUGUGAGUGGGUACAAAUUUGAGGCUUGAGUAGGGAUGUCGCUGUGCCAAUGUUAAAAUCUGCUACUGUAAAUGCACUACAAAGACAUGAAUAGGGAGCUCAUGUUUCAGGAAUUUUAUUAUAAUUUGACUUGAACAGGUUCAUUAAUUUACAAUAACUGGCUAUGAUAGGUCAGAAACACUCCGCAUAGUGGACAUCUCAUUUUAAGACAAGGACGGCAUCAUUGGUGGCUCUUAAUGGUCUGUUUGAAAGUGGCUUUUAUGAAACCUGUUUGUGUUUUGUUAUUUGUUCAUCAUAACCUGAGCAGAUUUAAUUGAAUAAGCUAGUGUGAAUACUUUUGGUGAUAUUCUUUACAUUUAUAUUUCAUGCUUAUUUAGAGAUUUAAUUUCUCUAAAUAUCCAAAUAGAUUGAAAAGACUGUGAAAAGGCUGUUUACACAGGCAGCCCAAUUAUUUAUUUCACUAAUUGGUCUUUUGACCAAUCAGAUCAGCUCUGUGAAAAUAUCUGAUGUGAUUGGUCAAAAAAAACUAAUGGCAAAAAUAUCAACAAUAGGCUGCCUGUGUGGAAGCAGUGAACUUUUUUAGAUUUUGUUAUCGAGAAUGAAACUGUCGUAGUAUUUGUUGUAUGUUGACUUUCAAUAGUUGAGGACUGCUUGGUUUUUAGCUUUUGUAUUUGUGAAACUGUGCUGAAAAGUCUGUUAGAUACUGCUAUUUGAUACACAUAGUAUGUGUAUAAUACUUGGCUGGAGUUCAGUAAUUUGAAAUGUAGAAAUCCCCCCCCAAAACAUUGCUAAUGAACAGCAAAAUACACUUUUAAAUUGACAAUUCUGUACAAUUAUUGCAUUACCUAAUGAAAAUAUUGGCUGCACUCCAUAUUAUGUAUUUGUCAGACUGGUAGUUUUGUAUGGUACUAAUGAUAAACUUUAAUAAAAUUGUUAAUUUUUAA